CCAGGUCCAAGCCGCAAUGUAGCCUCGCGGUGCCAAACAACGGUCACAUUUUCAUGCUCGUUCGCUCGAUCAAGGAUUCUUUGAAAUUUGAGAUAGGAUUCGAUAUGAUUCAAUACACGAGAGCUGUGGCACCCAGACGCACACAGAUUUGGCUCACUCAUUCCAGCCGUCGCGUCCCCGCGCUUGGACUGUACAGUUCCGUAUUGUGCCACGAUCACGUGAAUCGCCUGAUUGAUGACGUCGACCACUCGUUCCAAGCCACUGGGUCACCUCUGAGAGCUUUGUAGGCGGUCGCAAAGACAGAACCCCAGAGGAAGCGAAGGCCAGAUUCGCUUGACAUAUCUGUCGGAACCCCGUGGCUAAAGUUGAAUAGCGGCGCGCGCCUGGCAAGACCUUGUUUGAGCAUUGGCCCUCUUUGAACGUCGUGUCAAUGGGACCCGACGCUUUUCAAAGCACGAAGAAGGCGGCUUUUUGCCGAUUCAUUGACCUCAAAGCAGCGAAAAGCCAUGAAAUGCGCCUUGACCAGCCCGCGCUUUGCCGUCGCCUCCGUGCGCCCGCCUUACGCUUUACUGCCCACCGUUAAAGCGUUCGAUUGUGCUUUGAGUCGACGAAUGGUAUAUAGGAUGGAUACAGGAUGCUAGGAGUGCACCCAUCCACUCAACCCACUCAACAUUCUCAACCUCCCAUCAACUUCAAACGAUAUGUCGCAACAGCAAGUCCUCGACUGGUGGCACAAAAACACCAACGCGGUCUAUGUCAACCGCCCGCCCUCCAGUGCACAGAAUGUCAUCUUGUUCGACCCCGUGUACAGCCCGUGCUCGAUGGGGGUCGCGCUUCUUAACCUGGAGCACAAAUUCGGCAUAGCUCGCGGCGAAGAGCGUCUCGACACGCUGCUCCCUGCUCUGCGCAGCACCCGGGCCUGGCCAUUUGCCGAUCUCGUCAUUGAAUGGCCGGGAUACAAGAGCGUCGACUCCAAGUUCCGCAUGCAGGAUGAUUCGGGACACUUCAUCACGCUCAAGUACCUCGGCGAGCUCCUCGCUCGCGAGUGGAAGCAGUUCGCAACCGACCGCGCUGGCGAGCGAUUCCACGACUCGGCCCGCGCUCCGGGCAUGCGCAUCGGAUAUCAGGACGGGAUCCAGUACGACCAGGUUCGCAUCGUGUCGAUGUACACCGUCGAUGGACUCAAGUGGCGUCUCUGCUACGGAGUCGUGCAGAAUUAUGCUCGCGUCUAAGGAAUGAGACUGAACGCUAGUGUAGAAUACCGGUCUACAUGAU